AUUUAAUGUACUAUUUUUUAAUUAUUUUUUUUUAUUUUAUGGUCUGCGACAUUAUGAUCAUUUAGCAUUACUCUUUAAAAAAAGCAUAACCAAAAUCCGAAAAAGGAAUUGAUUAUGUAAUAAAUAAAGUGUCGGUUUGAACUCAGUCAUUAACAGCCAUACAUUACAAAAAUAUCAAGUCCUUCAUUAAUGGAGGCUACGUUUAGCCUCAAAUCCGCUUUAAAUUGCAUUAACACCUCAUUUGACUGAUUUGGAUGAGCAAAAGAUGGGGCUUGAGUUACCUUACGGAAGCGUGGACUUCAGCCUGCGUGGUCUGGCGGGCCAAGCCGAGGGCUUUGGACGUCUCGCAGUGGGGGGCCAAAACGGCGACGUUUACUCCGUUACGACUCUAGCCGACGACGGGCCAGGUUCACUACGGUACGGAUGCCGGAAAAAGGAAGCUCUGUGGAUCGUAUUCCAAGUGUCGGGCACAAUUGAACUCAGAUCUUAUCUGAGCGUCUCCUCUUACACGACCAUCGACGGGCGGGGUCAGAAAAUUAAGCUCACCGGCAAGGGUUUGAGGCUGAAGGAGUGCGAGCAUGUCAUAAUCUGCAACCUGCUAAUCGAAGGGGGCGUUGGAGACGACGCGGAUGCGAUUCAGAUCAAGCCGAAUUCGAAGCAUAUAUGGAUCGAUCGGUGCAGCCUCAGUGAUUUCUGCGACGGACUCAUCGAUGUUAGCCGCCAGAGCACGGACAUUACUAUCUCACGGUGCCGUUUUGCGAAUCAUAACAAGACGAUUUUGAUUGGGGCUGAUCCUUCGCAUGUGGAGGAUAGGUGCAUUAGGGUUACGAUUCACCAUUGCUUCUUUGAUGGGACGCGGCAGAGACACCCCCGCGUCAGAUUUGGGAAAGUGCAUUUGUACAAUAAUUACACCAGAAAUUGGGCAAUUUAUGCUGUUUGUGCCAGUGUUGAUUCUCAGAUUUACUCAGACUGCAACAUCUACGAAGCAGGGCAUAAGAAGAUCGCCUUUAAGUACUACAAAGAAAAGGCAGGUGAUAAGGAGGAGGAAUGCAGUGGGGGCAUCAGAUCACAAGGGGACUUGUUUGUUGGCGAAACAGAGGCGGGGUUGGAAGGCGGCGGCGGCGACUCUUGUGUAUUUGAUCCUCGCGAAUACUACAACAAAUGGACUGUGGUGGCACCGCCAAGCGAUGAUCUCAAACACUAUCUUCAACACUGCACCGGAUUCCAAAAUAUCCCCCUUCCUUCUAUAUAAAUAAAUGUUGUUUUUGGGCCGGGAUGCUACAACUACACGAGACCUCUGCGUUGCUCAUUGUUCAAAAUCUUCUUGUGAGUUGCGAUCACUUGUAGGAUAUGCUAUUUUAAUACAAUAAGGAUAGGUUGAAAUCAAACUUUGAAUUAGACCUAUUUCUAAUCAUAAACCAAAACUCAUUUUUUUAUCGAAA